AUGUCAGAAUACUAUUGGCCAUGUGAUUCAGAAUGUGUAAUCCGGAUGCUGAAUCUGAACCAACCUUUGGAUCCAAGCAGUUUCAAGGUGUUGAUCUACGAUGAUUUCUGCAUCAAGAUUAUCGAUCGCUUAAUGCAAGUCAAGGAUCGUCAAAAACAAGGAGUUACACUUGAGUUUCCCAUUAUUACCAAACCGAACAUUCCUGAUGUAGCAGCUGUGUAUUUUGUUCAACCCACGGAAACCAACAUUCAGAGAAUCAUUUCAGAUGUUUCUACAUCACUCUACGAUACAUUUCAUCUCAAUUUCUCGUCUUCUAUACCCCGAACGCUCCUCGAAGAUCUCGCUUCAGGGACACUCCAUUCAGGUUCCAUUGAAAGGAUUGUAAAGGUGCAAGAUCAGUAUCUUGAGUUUGAUACUUUGGAAGAUAAUUUGUUUUCCUUGGGACAAGACUCUGUCUAUGUUCAGUUAAACGAUCCAUCAGCAACGGAUAGAGAGAUCGAGGAAAUUAUCGAAAAGAUUGUUAACGGUAUCUUCUGUGUCUUGGCAACGCUUAAUGUGGUUCCUGUAAUCCGAUGUCCUCGUGGUGGACCAGCAGAGAUGAUAGCAUCUUCAUUAGAUCAGAAACUCAGAGAUAUGAUCAAUCUGUUUACCGAACAAGGUCGUGGCGGACAGAGGCCUCUGUUGUGCAUUUUCGAUAGAAAUUUUGAACUCUCAGUCGGGAUUCAACACGAAUUCAGAUACAUGCCUCUUGUUCACGAUGUUCUUGGUCUGAAGAAAACAUUUGUAGACAGUUCAGACACGUUUUGGUCGGCCAACGGUCCUCAUGAGUUUCCUCAAAUCGCUUUGGAGAUCGAAACUCAGUUGAAUAAGUACAAGAAAGAUGUGGAUGAGGUUAACAAUCGAACGGGCGGUGGUAGCGAAGAAUUUGAUCUGAUUGGGAACACAAAACAUCUGAUGAAUGCUGUGAACUCACUUCCAGAGUUGACAAAGAGAAAGGAGAUAAUUGACAAGCACACAAACAUAGCGACCGCACUCCUACGAGAGAUCAAGGAGCGAUCUCUGGAUGCCUAUACUGAGAAAGAGAGUGACAUGAUGAUAAGAGGAGGCAGCAUUGACAUGAGCGAUCUUCUCUCUGUUUUGAAAGGGAACGGUACAAAGAUGGACAAGCUACGGUUUGCAAUCAUGUACCUAAUAUCUUUGGAAACCAUAAACCAGUCCGAAGUUGAAGCUGUGGAAGCGGCAUUGCGUGAAGCUGAGGUCGAUACAAGCGCGUUUCAGUAUGUGAAAAAGAUCAAGUCGUUGAAUGUUUCUUUCGCAGCCUCGGCAAACUCAGAGAGUAGAAGCAACAUUGUUGACUGGGCUGAGAAGCUUUAUGGUCAGUCGAUAAAUGUAGUAACUGCAGGAGUCAAGAAUCUCUUAUCCAGUGAUCAGCAACUGGCCGUGGCGCGGGCUGUCGAAGCCUUAACAGAGGGAAAACAGAACGCAGAAACUGAUUCAUACCUGAUGCUGGAUCCGAGAGCUUCAAAGUCAGGUGCUAGUGGUAGUAGUAGCCAUGUAAAGGGGCUGUUCAGAGAAGCGAUAGUUUUCAUGGUGGGCGGGGGUAACUACAUCGAAUAUAACAGUUUGCAAGAGCUCGCGCAGAGGCAGGAGACGGUCAAGAACAUUAUCUAUGGAGUUACAGAGAUCCUUAAUGGAACUGAGCUUGUGGAGCAGCUUGCGCUCUUAGGACAGAAGAUGGGACUAAAUUAG